CGGGGCGGGGCGGGGCGGAGCGGGGAAGGCGUCCUCGCACCCCCAGCGGCUCGGUAGCGGCAGGCGCGGCGUACCGGCACCUGACCCAUGAUCCCCCGCCCCCGCGGGCCGCCCCGCCCCAGGCCCGCCCGCGCCGCUAACUCCGAAGUGUGGGGCAGCAGCCGCCAUGGUGCGCUCACUCAACUCCAUCGUGGCCGUGUGCCAGAACAUGGGCAUCGGGAAGGACGGGAGCCUCCCCUGGCCCCCGCUGAGGAAUGAGUUUAAGUAUUUCCAGAGAAUGACUAGCACAUCCCACGUGGAAGGUAAACAGAAUGCACUGAUAAUGGGUAAAAAUACCUGGUUUUCCAUUCCUGAGAAGAAUCGUCCUUUAAAAGACAGAAUUAAUAUAGUGCUCAGCAGAGAGCUCAAGGAAACCCCAAAGGGAGCACAUUAUCUUUCCAAAAGUCUGGAUGAUGCUUUAGCUCUUCUGGAUUCACCAGAAUUAAAAAGUAAAGUAGACAUGGUUUGGAUUGUCGGAGGCACUUCAGUUUAUAAGGCAGCAAUGGAGAAGCCAAUUAAUCAUCGACUGUUUGUGACAAGAAUUUUGCAGGAAUUUGAAAGCGACACAUUUUUUCCAGAAAUUGACUUCAAUGACUACAAACUUCUCUCAGAAUACCCUGGUGUCCCUGCUGAUAUCCAAGAAGAAAAUGGCAUCCAGUACAAAUUUGAAGUGUAUGAAAAAGUUGUCUUGGCACAAUAAAUGAGGCUUUCUGUACUUCUACAUAAGGUUUUUUUUUUUCUAGUUUGGAGUAUCUACUAAUUCAAGAAGUCCAACACUGAGAAGGAAUCAAAGAUCCUGAGCCUGAUUGGGAUGGUAUAUACAUUUACAACAACCUUUACAAUGUGUGGAAGAAAGGGAAAUUUUUCUUAUCAAAGGGAUAAGAAGGUGUGAGGCUGCUCAAGUCAUGUUGAAAUGGAGUCCAGAAGUGUCAGGCAGCAAUCCAGGGAUACACUGAUCCUUCAUGUAAGUCCUCUGUCAUCAUCUUAACCAUCCUGGGUACACAGCCAACUUCAUUCCUUUUGACUGAAAAUACUGUAUUACAGCUUAAUCUGAUAAAGAGGUUUAACUUUUCCAUUGACCUGACACUUGUGUAAAGGCUUGCAGAUCCUUGUUGCUCCUAUACAAAAUUGCUAGGUCAGUUUGUCUGUGGCCAUUUUGUGGUGUAAGAACAUAAACAUUACUUUCUUAACAGAAUCUGUGUCCUUGUCCCUUCUGAGUUUUAUCCAAAAAAAAUAUAAUGUAUAGUGUUAGCUUACUUCAUCAGUGUGAUUUCAAAUAUUGUACAUGGCAUAGAUUAUAAACAGAUGAUGGGUUUCUGUUUUGUCUUUGGUUACACAUAGCUAAUACAAUAACAUUUUGCAUUAUUAUUCCCUAACAGUAGCAAGCAAUAUACUGGUACUGUAAUAAGGCUGGGAUUCUAAAGGCAUACAAUACCAAGUGUUACCAAAAUUGUCGGGUGCCAAUACUAUCACAAUAUCACAUUAUCAGUAAUGCUAGUCUAUUGCUAUGUUCUGACUACACCCAUCCUACUCCAUGGAGAGGUUGGCAGAGGGUAGAGGAAUCCAUAUGCCAAGAGAUACGGACAGAAGCUGGGAUGUACUUUGCCCAGCUAUGCUUCCUUGUGCUAUAGCUACCACCUUGAGGGUGAGAAUGUACCAGAAAGGAUCCCUGCCUCCCAGUCACUGCAGGUCAACCUGAGAAAGGAGAGUUAAGAAACUUAACCCUCAAAAAAUCUGUUUACUCUUUCCCCAUAGCAUUUUUAAAGCAUUAUCACAUGAAGCAGUAGUGUGAGAGAUUCAAGUGAUAAUGCCCAACCUUUAACGUUGCACUAAGGCCCAGUCCUAGUGUCAGUGAGAGCAGCACUGGCCAUCAGCAAAUCUGGGUACAGCAGGAGCGUAACAGCAUCCAGUUUUUAAGAGAAGAGUUGAAACUUGAUUUUGCUUGCCUUUAAAAAAACAAAAAGAAACCUCAUUGAUAAGGGAAAAACACUUAGAAUAUCAGCUUUGAACAACCAUUGAAUUUUCCAUGACAGUUUGACAACAGUUAACUAAUACAAAGAAUAAUUUUUGCAGUUUCUGUGCUGGGUUGUCUUGAUUUUUCUCCAUGUUCUUUCACAGUCUUAAAUCUAGGUACUUUCCUUUGUUAGUCUUCUUGUUCCAUAUGUGCUAACUUUACAUCAGUCAAUAAAGAUUUAAACAUCAA